AGUAGUAGUAGUAGUAGUAGUAGUAGUAGUUGUUGUAGUAGCAAUAGUAGUAGUAGUAGUAGUAAUAGUAGCACUAGUAGUAGUAGUAGUAGUAGUAAUAGUAGU